GGAUCUCUCCCCCAAUAAAAAGCUCUCCCUCAAGUCUCAAUUCCUCAGGUCUCAUACUCUCUCCUCACCUUCUCUUCUCUUCUCUCUCAAAUCUCUUGAGAGAACCAGAUAAGUUAUGAAAGAGAGAGUCCGUUCUGCAACUCUUCUCUUCUAUUUGCUUGCUCUGCUCUUCAUGGCUGUCUCUACUUUCUUUCAGACAACCUCGACAGAAAAGCAGCAGCAUUCCAAACGCAAGAGGAAACAGCAGAAACAACCCUCUUCAUGGGAUCAAAUUAAGAGCUUACUCACAUGUAAACAAAUUGAAGGGUCGCAAGUUCACGACCCGUCGAAGAAUGUUGGUGGGUACUCUAAGUUGGGAGCUUCCUGCAGUUCUAUCUGUAGUUUCAAAGACGUUGUUCAUGGCAACACGAGAGUGGUGCACCGGGCUGAUAACUCGCCGGAGAGUAGCAGUGUGUGCCAAGAAACUGCACUGCUUAGUCGGAAAUCGGUGGCUAGAUCAUCCAAUCGGCCAUCCUCGGGUUCGACGAGGCCGAGCGGCGGUGGAGCUUAUUCGUCCUCGUCGAGAGGAAUGCAAUUACGAAAGCUCUCUGGGUGUUAUGAGUGUCACAUGAUCGUUGAUCCUGCUAGGUUUCCAUCUCCGAGAACUACUAUAUGUGCUUGCCCCGACUGUGGGGAAGUCUUCCCCAAGACCGAAAACUUGGAGCUUCAUCAAGCGAUCAGGCAUGCCGUAACGGAGCUGGGCCCUGAAGAUUCAGGCCGGAACAUCGUGGAGAUAAUCUUCAAAUCGAGCUGGCUCAAGAAAGAUAAUCCACUCUGCAAGAUCGAACGGAUAUUAAAGGUCCACAACACACAAAGAACCAUCCAGCGGUUCGAGGACUGCCGUGACGCAGUGAAGGCGCGGGUGAGCAACAACACGAAGAAGAACCCGAGGUGCGCGGCCGACGGGAACGAGCUGCUGAGGUUCCACUGCACCACCUUAAGUUGCGCGCUGGGAGCACGCGGCACCACCAGCCUAUGCGGCUCCAUACCGGGCUGCGGUGUCUGCACGAUCAUUCGGCACGGAUUCCCGGGGAAAGUGCAGGAGGGGAAGGGGGUGCGCACCACUGCCAGCAGCGGCAGGGCCCACGACAGCCUGGGCAGCGUCGAAGGGCGGAGGGCGAUGCUGGUGUGUCGAGUGAUCGCGGGCAGGGUGAAGCGUGUAGCGGAUGAUGUGGCGACGGAGGAGGAGGGCGUGUACGAUUCGGUUGCUGGAUACGCAGGAGUGUAUACGAAUCUCGAGGAGCUGAUCGUUUUCAAUCCAAGGGCCAUCCUGCCUUGUUUCGUGGUGAUAUACAAAGCCCUUGACUGAUUGAUUAAUAGUGUAUGAUGGAUGGAUUAAUUAAGUAGUAAUUAGCGGGUGGGUUAGCCGACCUAACUCUUGUUUGUACAUAUAGAUUUUUCUAUACAUUCUGACGUCGUAACAAAAGUUUCCUCAUUUUGUGAUUUGUGACGAGAGGUCGAUGGCCUACCUUAUGGCCUAUGAUCUCUAUCACUCUAUGGUAGUUUUAUUUUUUUAUUAGUCCUUAGUCCUUAUUCCAGUGCUUCACCUUCAACUGUUCCGGCUUCAGAACUCAUAUAAGCGUGUCAGCUGUUAAUAAAUGAAUUAAAUAAUGAUAAUUAUGAGGGACCCACAGUAUAUUACUGAAUGUAAGUCAAGAUAUGGUGUUUUGUGAAAUAAAUUAUUGAAAAAUGCGGUCAUGGCCCUA